AGCGCAAAAGUGUCACCGCACCACUAAAAAUCGAAAAAACGAAACCCUAAGAAAAGCAAGGAACGAAGGAAGCAGAAGAUCCCUUAUCCCCGAGAUGGCGGCCGACGAUCAUCGCAACGGCGAUUCGACUCAUCACCACCGCGACCCCAAGAAGCCGCGCCUCUCCGAGUUCCUAACCGACUCCGACAUCCAAUCCGAGUUCGCUCACCACCAAUCCGGCGUCGCCAGAAUCAACAACGGCAGCUUCGGCUGCUGUCCGAGCUCCGUCCUCGCCGCGCAGCGCGACUGGCAGCUCCGCUUCCUCCGCCAGCCCGACGAGUUCUACUUCACCGGUCUCCGCCGCGGCCUCCUCGCCUCCCGAGCCGUGAUCAAGGACCUGAUCAACGCCGACGACGUCGGAGAAGUGUCUCUACUCGAUAACGCAACGACGGCGGCGGCGAUUGUGCUCCAGAGAGUCGGGAGGUGUUUCUCCGAGGGGAAGUAUAAGAAGGACGACACUGUGGUGAUGUUUCAUUGCGCGUUUCAGAGUGUUAAGAAGUCGAUUCAGGCUUACGUGUCGCGCGUUGGGGGGUCCACUGUGGAGGUUAGGUUGCCUUUCCCUGUGAAUUCGGAGGAGGAGAUUGUGAAUGUGUUUAGGGAAGGGUUGAAGAGAGGUAAGGAGGAUGGUAGAACGGUUAGGUUAGCUAUUAUUGAUCAUAUAACGUCGAUGCCGUGCGUUUUGAUGCCGGUUAAGGAGUUGGUUAGGGUUUGCAGAGAGGAAGGUGUUGAAGAGGUUUUUGUUGAUGCUGCUCAUGCUAUUGGGAGUGUUAAGGUUGAUGUUAAAGAGAUUGGUGCUGAUUAUUAUGUUAGUAAUUUGCAUAAAUGGUUCUUUUGUCCGCCGUCUAUCGCGUUUUUUUACUGCAAGGAAGGUGGGUUUGAGUCUGAUGUUCAUCACCCUGUUGUGUCUCAUGAGUUUGGGAAUGGUUUGGCGGUAGAGAGUGCUUGGAUUGGGACUAGGGAUUAUAGUUCUCAGCUUGUGGUUCCGUCUGUGAUGGAGUUUGUGAAGAGGUUUGAGGGAGGGAUUGAUGGGAUAAUGAAGAGGAAUCAUGAUGAAGCUGUGAGGAUGGGGUUGAUGCUGUGUGAUGCUUGGGGGACGAAUCUUGGGUCGCCUCCGGAGAUGUGUGUUGGGAUGGUUAUGAUUGGUUUGCCUUCGAAACUCUGUGUUGGAAGCGAUGAUGAUGGUGUUAAGUUGAGGGCGUAUUUGCGGGUGCAUCGUUUGGUGGAGGUUCCGGUUUAUUUUCUUGGGUUGAGGGAUGGGGAGGAAGGAGUGAAGGAUAAAGACGGUGGGGUGAUCACUGCGUAUGUUCGGAUAUCUCAUCAGGUUUAUAACGAAACAGGGGAUUACGAGAGACUGAGAGACGCAAUAACAGAGUUAGUCAAGGAUCAGACGACUUGCAAAAAUCUUCCUCCCGUGUAGUAAACCAGAUAGUUUGAUAUAGUCCACAAGAUCCUCAUUUAGAUGACUCUUUCAUGGUUCCGGUGUAACAAUAAGGCUUUAGAGGAGCCACCAGCCAAAGUCCUCGGAGGUGACUUUAUCGAUGAGCUUGUGGUGGAGCGGCGUUCAAUGGAAGAAGAAGCUAACCUUGAGGAGGCUUUUUUUAAUGUAUUUUUAGCGUUUAACACCUUUCUGUAUAAUUAUUGUGCAAUAAAGUCAUUGUUCAAUAGACAUUCUUCAAAAUCUGUAUUUCAGUUCUGACAAUUUUUCGUUAUUUAAGACAUUUCAUCCAGUAUUUCAC